CGCGCGCAACGCCCUAAACACUUCCGAACCUAGUACGCGACGUAAUCAGAUGGUCUUCACCACCCUCGCGCUCGGCGCGAAGGCGGUCGCGCCUCGCGCGAACGUCGGUCGCGAAUCGACGAAAGGAGUUCCCAUCCGCCGACAGACGCCGACGCCGGCUUUCGCGUCCAAGUCCCGGAACGAGCGAUGCCUCGCGAAGAUUCCAACCGUGAGGAAGUCAUCUUCCCGUCUCAUCGUAAGAGCGGCGGGCGGUGAGGGCGAGGAGGACGAUGAAGAAAACCAGAGAAGAGAGGCAGAGGCCGAGGUCGAGGUCGUGGACGACGACGAGGACGAGGACGAGGACGACGAGGAUGAGGGAUCCGCGCCCCCCCCGCCGAGCAAAUGCGAGGAACUCAUCGCGAAGCUCGAGGAGUCGAUGGACGCGCCGGAGCUCGCCGAGCUCGCGGCCGAGGUCAAGGCGAUCGAGACCGCGUUCAAGGACCUCCAGGCCGCGAACGUGGGUCUGGAAGAUCAGACCGGGGCGCUGAAGGACCAGUACCUCAGGCUCAACGCGGACUUCGACAACUUCAAGAAGAGGACGAUCAAAGAAAAAGAGCAGCUGGCGACGAACGCGAAGAGCCGGGUGUUCGAAGCGAUGCUUCCCGCGCUCGAUAACUUCGACUUAGCGAAAGCGAACUUAAAGACGGAGAACGAGGGGGAGGAGAAGAUCGCGAAGUCGUACGAAGGGUUGGUCGACGGUUUGAUGACGAUCCUCUCCGCGCAAGGGCUCAGCACCGUGGCCGGGGUCGGGUCGCCGUUCGACCCGAACUUCCACGAGGCGAUCAUGCGCGAGGAGAGCGAAGAGCACCCGGAAGACACGAUCUCCGAGGAGUUCAGGAAGGGCUACAAGAUGGGCGAAGACCAGCUCGUCCGGGCUGCGAUGGUGAAAGUGUCCUCGGGGCCGCCGGCUUCGGAGGAAUAAUUUUUUGGAUAAGUAUGUGCACACACACGCUAUUCG